AAGAAACUGUAUUACAUUUGCAGCAAGAAAAAGACAUUAUACUUCACAGCACGUAAAGGUGCUACAGUGGAAUUAAAACACGUUUUCUAGUUGUAACCGUAUAUUAAACACGCCACAGUCAGAGAGAAAAGAAAGAAGGGAUGAAAGAAAAGGGGAAGGAAAGACAGAAAGAGCUAUGGUAAUAUAAAUAGGACUGUAGCUUUCUUAUGUUUCUUUUAGCUCAGACACAAGUGUAACGGUGUGCGAGUUUGAAGCAGGGUGAAUUGAAGUGCAAGCACACACGGUUCAGCCAAUAGAUCCUUUCAAAUGAAAGUCAAGGAAGAAGUACAAAAGGCAGCUGGCUCUGUGUAUCCUUUCCAUCUGUUCAGCCAGAAGAGGGACCUUGCCACUGUCAGCUUUGCCUGCUCUCUGUCUCUCCUCUCAGUCAGGGGGAAAGAAAAGCGGAUUGAGGAAAGAAGUCCAUCUCUGGCAGCAGUUGUGUAUCUUUAAUAACACACCACAGUGGGCUGGGAAGGGAGGGGGUUGCAUUUGAUGCCUGAUUGUGUGUGUAUGUGUGUGUGGGAUGGGGCUGCGCUUGUUUUUCUGCUAUUAUUAUUAUUAUUAUUAUUUCUCUCCCUUUCCCCCCUCUCUCCGUUCUAUUCCCUGAUCCUCCUGCAGAGGCUCCUGAUCCAGGUCUGAGUAGCUGCUUGGCGUCCAGUCCACGUCUUGGCUGAGUCCCCCUCGGCUUUUAAUCAUGCCCCUCUGUCUGUGUGUGAGUGCAGGCAGGCUGACAAUGAUUUCCUCAGUGAUUACGUACAGAGCGAGUCCCUGCGGGUUAGGGGCCCCCUCUGGAGCCAUCCUGAUGGCUUUGGGGGCCUUGCUUCUAUUUUCCAUUAUUAUGUGGACUACCGGAGCGACAGCGCAGUCCAAGAGCUUGCAGCAGGUUUGUGAUGAGAGCACACAGCAGCAGCAACGCACAUCUCCUUCUCUCUGCUCUCCUCUCCCCAAUCCAGGCGCAGACUUUUCUCUCUCCCAUAGACAAGGAGCUGCUUCGUAGCCACAUCCCGGGCAUCCAAACAAGAUCCCCCCCGACCCACAUAACUGCCAAAUAAACCCCCUAAAUACCCAGCAGCACCCCCACCUCCCUGACACACAACGCCAAAUAAUAACAAUCCUAAUAAGAAGAAAUAAACGCCUCCCCCGUGCAGGAGCAGCUUUGCCUUUAUUACUAGUAGCGCUGGCGGGUGAAAGUAACGCUCCUUCUUGCCCAGCGCCACAAUUCCUUCUCCCUGCCGCUAAAGACUUUUCCUCCCCCCCUAGUUUUAUACCGUGCCCUCCCUGAAGGGAAAUUAAAAACGGACAUGUAAUUUCAUUCAGGAUUUAUUUUUUUAUUUUUGGCAACAAAAAAAAUGCAGGUUUCCAAGCCACGGAAUCAGCUUUGAUAGCAGGUUUUUUUUUCUGUAUAGAAUUUGAAGGGAGUUUUUUUUGUUGUUGGCCACUGAAGAGGUCAGGCAGGGAGGCUGGAGGAACAGCAGAGAGAGCUGAGGGAGCCUCCGUUGGUCUUGCCUUAGUUGGGAACGGGCUGACAUUGAACAACAGCAGCUGUUUGCUUUUAGGAUGUCUCGCCGCAAGCAAGCGAAGCCAAGAUCGCUGAAAGAUCCCAACUGCAAACUAGAAGAUACAUCUGAGGAUGGAGAAUCGCCAGAUUGCAAGAAGAGGCAAGAGGAAGGAGAUGAGCUAGAAGAAGAAGAAGCUGUUCACAGCUGUGACAGUUGCCUUCAGGUGUUUGAAUCUCUCCGCGAUAUCACUGAGCACAAAAUCAGUCAGUGUCAGCUGACAGAUGGUGCAGAUAUAGAAGAUGAUCCAACAUGUUCGUGGCCAGCUUCAUCACCUUCUAGUAAAGAUCAAGCAUCACCAAUUCACGGAGAAGGGUUUGAUUUUGGGGAAGAAGAAGGUAUUCCAGGACUGCCUUAUCCAUGCCAGUUCUGUGACAAAUCCUUUAGCCGCCUCAGCUAUUUAAAACAUCACGAACAAAGCCACAGUGAUAAACUACCCUUUAAGUGCACAUAUUGUAGUAGACUGUUUAAACACAAGCGAAGUAGGGACCGCCAUAUAAAACUGCACACUGGAGACAAAAAAUAUCACUGCAGUGAAUGUGAUGCAUCAUUCUCCAGAAGUGAUCAUCUUAAGAUUCACUUAAAGACUCAUACAUCCAACAAGCCAUAUAAAUGUGCCAUUUGUAGGCGAGGUUUUCUAUCAUCUAGUUCUUUACAUGGUCACAUGCAAGUGCACGAAAGAAACAAAGACUGCUCUCAGUCAGGGUCUAGAAUGGAGGAAUGGAAGAUGAAAGACACUCAAAAAUGUAGUCAGUGUGAGGAAGGAUUUGACUUCCCUGAAGAUCUCCAAAAGCAUAUAGCUGAAUGUCAUCCAGAAUGUUCUCCAAAUGAUGACCGGGGUGCCCUCCAGUGUAUGUAUUGCCAUGAAUUAUUUGUGGAAGAAACAUCGCUGCUAAACCACAUGGAGCAAAUACACAAUAGCGAAAAAAAGAAUUCUUGUAACAUUUGCUCUGAAAACUUUCAUAGUGUUGAAGAGCUUUACAGCCAUAUGGAUAGCCAUCAGCAUCCAGAAUCAUGUAAUCCCAGUAACAGUCCAUCUUUAGUUACUGUUGGAUAUACUUCAGUUUCAAGCACCACCCCUGAUUCAAAUUUAUCUGUAGACAGUUCAACCAUGGUAGAAGUUGCUCCCCCAUUAGCAAAAGGCCGUGGCAGGAAAAGAGCUGUUCAGCAGACAGGUGAUGCACCAACAAGUAAACAAGCAAGAGUUUCAUACAGCUGUAUCUACUGCAGCAAGCAGCUCUUUUCUAGUCUGGCAGUUUUACAAAUCCAUCUUAAAACUAUGCAUUUAGAUAAACCCGAGCAGGCUCACAUCUGUCAGUAUUGUUUAGAAGUCUUACCUUCCCUCUUCAAUCUGAACGAACAUCUGAAACAGGUACACGAAACUCAGGAUCCAGCACUGAUCGUUUCUACUAUGUCUGCCAUGGUGUAUCAGUGUAACUUUUGUUCUGAAAUAUUUAAUGAUCUUAAUAUGCUUCAGGACCACAUACGAAGUUCACAUGGAUUUCCAAACCCUGUUACUAAAGACAGCAAUGCCUUCUUUUGUCCCCACUGCUAUAUGGGAUUCCUUACUGAUACAUCUUUAGAAGAGCACAUUAGGCAAGUUCAUUGUGAACUUGGCAAUUCUCGUUUUGGUUCCCCAGUAUUAGGAACUCCAAAAGAACCUGUUGUUGAGGUGUAUUCUUGUUCAUACUGUACAAAUUCUCCAAUCUUUAACAGUGUCCUUAAACUAAACAAGCACAUCAAAGAGAAUCACAAAAAUAUUCCUUUGGCAUUAAAUUACAUCCACAAUGGAAAAAAAUCUAGAGCCUUGAGUCCUUUGUCUCCUAUUACAUUGGAACAAUCUUCUCUAAAAAUGAUGCAGUCCUUGGGAGGCACUCCUUCAAGACUUGCAGGUGAAUAUAUCUGUAAUCAGUGUGGUGCCAAAUACACAUCCCUCGAUGGCUUUCAGACUCACUUAAAAACCCAUCUCGAUACAGUUUUGCCAAAGCUAACAUGCCCUCAGUGUAACAAAGAAUUUCCAAACCAAGAAUCCCUUUUAAAGCAUGUUACUAUUCACUUCAUGAUAACCUCUACAUAUUACAUCUGUGAAAGCUGUGACAAACAGUUCACAUCAGUGGAUGACUUACAGAAGCAUUUGCUUGACAUGCACACUUUUGUGUUUUUUCGGUGCACACUGUGCCAAGAGGUGUUUGACUCUAAGGUCUCCAUUCAGCUUCACCUGGCUGUAAAGCAUAGUAAUGAAAAAAAAGUGUACCGGUGCACCUCAUGUAAUUGGGACUUCCGAACAGAAACUGACUUGCAGCUCCAUGUGAAGCACAAUCACUUGGAAAACCAGGGAAAAAUGCACAAGUGCAUAUUCUGUGGUGAAUCUUUUGGCACUGAGGUAGAGCUGCAAUGUCACAUAACAACCCACAGCAAAAAGUACAAUUGUAAAUUCUGCAGCAAAGCUUUCCAUGCAAUUAUUUUACUGGAAAAACACUUGAGGGAAAAACACUGUGUAUUUGAAGAUAAAACGCAAAACUGUGGAACCAAUGGAGCUUCAGAGCAAAUUCAGAAAGAAGAAGUGGAGCUACAGACGCUACUCACAAACAAUCAAGAGUCCCAUAAUAGCCAUGAUGGCAGCGAAGAAGAUAUUGAUACUUCAGAGCCAAUGUAUGGCUGUGACAUAUGUGGAGCUGCUUAUACCAUGGAAUCCCUUCUGCAAAACCAUCAGCUUCGAGACCAUAAUAUCAGGCCUGGAGAGAGUGCAAUUGUUAAGAAGAAAGCUGAACUGAUUAAGGGAAACUAUAAAUGCAAUGUGUGUUCCCGUACAUUCUUUUCUGAAGGUGGAUUGCGAGAACACAUGCAGACCCAUUUGGGACCAGUAAAGCAUUACAUGUGCCCAAUUUGUGGAGAAAGAUUUCCUUCCCUUUUAACUCUUACUGAACACAAAGUUACCCACAGUAAGAGCCUGGACACAGGCAACUGCAGAAUUUGUAAACUUCCUCUUCAAUGUGAGGAAGAUUUCUUGGAGCACUGUCAGAUGCACCCUGAUCUACGGAACUCCCUGACAGGAUUCCGUUGUGUGGUGUGCAUGCAGACUGUGACCUCAACUCUAGAGCUGAAAAUCCAUGGCACGUUUCAUAUGCAGAAAACUGGAACUGCAUCUGUAGUUCAAUCUGCAGGUCGUGUACAGAACUUACAGAAAUUAUAUAAAUGUGCCUCGUGUCUGAAAGAGUUUCGCUCAAAACAGGAUCUUGUAAAGCUUGAUAUUAAUGGUCUGCCCUAUGGCCUGUGUGCUAGCUGUGUUAAUCUUAGCAAAAGUGCUAGUCCAAAUGCCAAUGUGACUUUAAGUACGAACAGACAGGUUAUAAGCCAAACAGACAGCCUAACUUGUGUGGAAGCUAAAAAUUAUAAGACUUCUGUGCUAAAGACUCGAUGUUCUAGCUGCAAUGUUAAAUUUGAAUCAGAAACUGAACUUCAAAAUCACAUUCAGACAAUCCACAGAGAGCUUACAUCAGAAAACAGUGCAACACAACUGAAAACGCCACAAGUUUCACCAAUGGCCAGGAUAAGUCCUCAAUCUGACGAGAAGAAAACAUACCAAUGCAUCAAGUGUCAGAUGGUUUUUUACAAUGAAUGGGAUAUCCAGGUUCAUGUUGCAAACCACAUGAUUGAUGAAGGUCUGAACCAUGAGUGUAAACUGUGCAGCCAAACAUUUGACUCUCCAGCCAAGCUUCAGUGCCAUCUGAUUGAGCAUAGCUUUGAAGGAAUGGGAGGCACAUUUAAGUGCCCUGUCUGCUUUACAGUUUUUGUACAGGCAAACAAGCUGCAGCAACACAUUUUCUCGGCCCAUGGACAGGAGGACAAGAUCUAUGAUUGUGCCCAGUGUCCGCAGAAAUUCUUCUUUCAAACAGAGCUACAGAACCACACAAUGAGCCAGCACAGCAGCUAGUGCACAACCAGAUCAUCAAAUGAUUCUUUGGUGGAACAAAAAAAAAAGAAAGAAAAGUAAAGAAAAGAAAAUGAAGAAAAAGGGAACAUGUUUUAUUCCUUGCACGAAACUUUGAUUGUUCUUGUAUAUUAAUCAAAACAUUGUAUUUUACCAUAAAACUUGUAUUAAUGGAUUGGAUGUUCAUGUGUUUGGACUUUCGAGCACCGGAUCAGAUUAUUGUAUAUACAGUGUUGCACAUGUAUUAUUCUGUUCAAUACUUAAAUGGUCUUCUAAAGACAGACGACUUGGGCCCUAUUCAAAGAAAGAAGUUGAGACUCCGUCGUGGAAGAAGCGCGCAUACUGCAAACGUGCACCCUUAACAGAGGAGCAAGAAACAAGAUUGUUCUAAUAAAGGCACCAAGCUUUCCAAUGGGACUUGGUUUAUACAGCCACACUUUAGUAUACAGCUAUAUAUAAAAAUAAUUUUUUAUACUACAGCUGAAGAUUCUUGCACAAGAAAACCCUUUCUCACUACACAGAGAAGUAUCUUGAAUAAGGCCCAUAUAAAUAUAUAUUUAAAUAUAUAUUUGUAAGCCUUGCGGUAUGACAGAUAGCAUUAUCAUAUAUGCAAUAGUUGUUAUGUAGAUUGUCCGAGAAACUUUUCUUCUGAAACAAUUUGAAGCUUUGUGUGUUGAAAACCUUUUCCUUAACGAUUUCACACAGCCAAAUCUUUGAAUCCGUUCGACUAACCUGUAUGUUACUGUUAUUAAUGUUUACUCUGCGGUCUGAACCUGGAGAUUACUGGAAUUGUUUUCCGAGAGAAAAUAAAUUCAAUUUACCAUUA